UAAGCAAAGCAGUUUUAGAACAAGUGCUAAGAAUCCAACAUGUCAAUGAAUUUUGGCUCUAAAGAUGGCAUCCUUAUUCGGACCAUGACCGUGGAGGAUUACAAACAGAUCGAUGAGAGUGUCUAUAGUGGAGAACCACUAAUCUCCUGUUUUGAGAAGGAAAUAAAGGAGAUUUAUGAAGCGAGGAGGAGCAAAUUCGACGACUACCACAUCAGUCUGAUAGAGAAGGGCGACUGCUUGGUGGCUAUCAAUGAGAACGACAAUGGACGCAUUGUCGGACUGGUUCUUGCCUUUGGUAAGGUGCCAAGUGAUCUGGUGGAGGAGCACAAGUGGAUCACUCAAAUGCCAGCAUCUCCCCUAAAACGCAUUAUGAUGUUCAAUUACGAAGGUAGAGCCAAAGCCAAUCUCUUUGAGCGUUACGGAGUCUCCAAGCUCAUCUAUUCACACAUCACCAAUGUGAAUGCCUCCAUGCGAGGAAGGGGAAUCGGAACACGUCUGGCUGCUGCUCUCAUGGAGUUGGGACGAGCCAGGGGAUUUCCCCUGAUGACAGCUGCCUGCUCCAGUUUCUAUUCGGCUCGACAAAAGGAGGCACUGGGAAUGGAAUGUGUUUACUCCCAGGCUUACGCAGACUACAAGGAUGAUGACGGACAAGUCGUAUUUAAUCCGCCAGCACCUCACACCCAACUACGUAUCUUGGCCAUCAAACUGUAGACAAUAUAUGUCUGAAUCUUUUUUGAGAUUAUUUCGCGAGUGUUUAAAACUUUGAU